AUGUCUUUAAUGACGGGUUUUUUACGUGGACAAAACUCAAUUUUGUUAGGCUACUCUUUCCUCCUUUUGGUCUUCAACAAGAUCGGUGAUGCCAAGGAUUUAGGUCGUUGUUGCGUUGUUUCCAAGCGAUUUCAUACUCUUGUUCUUCAGGUCGAAAACGUUGUUGUUCGUGUCGACUGUGUUGUCUCCGACGAUGAUGCCCCCUCCGCCUCCGGUGCCUCCGAUAAAUCUCGUGGAACCUUUUCCAGUCUUGUUCAUCUCGUCUUUGGUGGAAUCGUCAAGCCCAUCCAAGCUCUUGGAAACCUUUUGGGUCCCAAGAGAUCUUCAUCCUCCUUAUAUGUCGGUAACAACGUUGAUGCUGAUGAUGAUCUUGAACAUGGAGGUGGAGUUACGCACCAUUCUCCCACUCAAGUUCUCAAAAAGUUCGACGAGAUUCGUUUCCUUAAAAUCGAGUUGUAG